AUGGUUAUAUAAACAUAGUAGUUUCCUUAUUUGAAAUUAUUUGGACUAGCCGAUCUAUGAAUAUUCUUUUUUGUUGCCUAUCACGUCAGCAUCUACAGUGAUCCAAGUGUUGAUAGUCCUCAUGAAUUCUCUAUUUUCCCUGUGAAUAUUUUUUGAACUUCUCUUCAACACGCCGAAAAUCCUUCUUAGUUGUGGUAAAAUUUGCAUGAAAUUUAAUCGAUACUGUUGAAUUUUUUUCAGCCAAUUCUGUGGAGAUCCAUUGAAGGUUGCAAGUUUAGAUUGUUGAACAAUGUGAGAGGUAGUUAAUUAUGCCCUAUCUGAGUAUUAUAAAUUCCCAUGAACCGCUGAAUAAGGACUUUUUUAAUCUCUGGAGGCAUAUAUCUUUGUCUAAGCAGCUGCAUAUCCAUCCAUUUUUAACAGGAUCAGCAAGGCGUUAUCAAUCUGUUCCUGUCGAUGUGAAUGCAAAGUUACUCAAAAGAAAGUUUAUUGCCUUUACAACUUCCGGGAGUCAAUCACCAUAUGAUGAUCUGACUGACGAUGUCAACGGCAUUGGUGACAUGGAUGACAUUGAUGACAUGAAUGAUAUUGAUGACGUGAACGCCAUCAAUGACAAUGACUUGUUAAAGGGAAACUCACAUAUCAGCUCGGUUCAGAGUGAAAGAGAACCAGGAUUGACAUCAUUGUCUGGCACUCCUUAUGAAGCAGGGGAGAAUAUCCAAGUUUCUGGCUCUGGCGGUGAAUCAUCCAAUAUCUUUUGGUUUAUUGGUCCCACCGUGCUGGUAGCCUCCUUGGUUUUCCCAUCAUUUUACUUGCGCAGAAUACUGUUAACCAUAUUUGAGGAUUCCCUUUUCACAGGUACCCAUCUUUUACUUAUUUAGGAAUUGAAUUUUCUUCAUUUGCUGAAACUUCAAUUUUUCUAACUAAACUUAGUGGGCUAGUAAUUUUUCUCUCUUUUUAUUUAACCCGAAUCGUAUACAUGACCUCUUUAAAAAAGAGUCUUACUCAUGGUAAGGUAAAAUGAAAUUACUAAUCCAAAAAACGGAGAAAGUUCUGACCACUCUUUUAGUGGUAAGCAGUUUAUUCUCUGCAACGUUAAAGUAUCAGUGGUUCUAGUCUUUUUGAGUCAGCUGGUUAGUAAGUGAGUGUUCUUUUGAGGGGAGGUUUGAUCGAGUGUUGGGUUGAGUUCUCUGAGGUCUCUUUUAGGGAAGUGGUUUAUGGAAGGCUUGCUUGGGUGAGUGAGUGGGAGAGUGAGUGCAAGUGGACAAUUAAAAUACAUUGGCUAUGUUUGUUCUUAUGAAUCCAGUACAGUAUCGGUACAACUAAUGUUUAAUAAAUACAGUUUCUGUUAUUUGAGAAAUAUUUUUUCACUUAUUUACCCAGCAUUUAAGCUUUCCGACAGCUUGAGACAUCGUUGUUCUGAUCACAUUUAGAGAAGUAUAAUUUAUUCCAAUUAUUUCUUUUAUCAAUAAUCUAAUCUAAUGUCAUUGACCCGGGCAGUAUUUUGAUUCAUCCAACCAUAAUUUGAUCCAAGUCCUUUAAGAGUAGGCUGGUGUUAACAUCCCUAAAUCAGAAGUUACUUUAUAAUAUAGUAUUGGAACUAGGAAGCUUUUAGCUAAUACAAAGUUACAGGUCAAGCCGUCUCUUAUGCCUAAAGACUUCCUCCUAGGAGCUUUCCUAUCAUAGUUUCUGCGUUUUACAUGUAGGCAUUGAUAAAGUUCCGUGGAGUUCAUAAUUGCAUAAAAGGAGUAAAAGUAGUGGCUGCGGUGCGAAAUCCAUCAUUGGCUAAACAAUCCAUUAUGCCAUUUUGGGUAACCUAAAUUAAAGUUAUUUUUUGAUAACAUUUUAGGAAGUAAAUCAGAUUAAAGUAGUUCUUUAUUUUUUUCCCCUGGGCUGAAAUAACCUAUGCCGUGGAGUUCUGUCAAUGCAUGAUUUGUCUGCUUAUCAUUUCUUUUUUGGUCUGGAAGGAUCACUAAUCGCACUAGGAACAUAGUCUAUUGCUCUUUGCAAACCUUGAGUCACAAGGGUGGCUUCUUGUCGUUUUCUGAUGUAAAAUCAAUGUGUCCUUAUGCAAAGAGCUUGCUUUGCAAAGGGGUUUGAAAAAAAAAAUCUCGUUUACUGUGCAGAAACAUUAUUAAUAAGUAUUGGAUGGUGUUGCUAUAGUUGAACAGGACGUAUCAACUUAUACAGUAAUGUAUAAUUUCUCCUUCGUUUUUCUAAUAUAUGGUGUUAGGAUUAUUGUUGGUAAUAACUGUCGGACUAUUAAUGCCUGCAGAAAGAUAUGUGAUAUCUGUAUCCAAUUUUUAUUGAAAACCUUUGGUUGUAGUUUUUAUAGCUAAUCAAUUUUGGCCAACUCAUUCCAAUUUCUUGUUUUCUAGCCAUUUAGAUCAACAUUUCUGUCAGGCGAAUAUUCUUCCUGAAUAAUGAAGUGUGACAUGGAAAAAAUCAGAUAGAGCUUUGAGGCUAUUCCUCUUGAAUGCUCCUCUUAAAAUAAUGAAGUGACUGAUAUUGAAUUGCCAUACUCAAGAAAAGCAGUGAGGGAGAUCAAUGGCCUAGACCUCUUUGGGCAGACUCACCACAAACUCUCUUAAUGACCGAUGCAACUCAAAUCGCACCUUAUGAACUGGAAUUUGUUUCUAGUUGUCUUUUCCAUGAAUGUCCAAUGGUAAACCAUAGGAUAUAUGUUAUGUUCCCUAGUUAUUGAUGAAUAAUUAUCUUGUUCCUUCCUCUAGUACAGCCCAUGAUUAGUCAAUUAACCCACAGUAUGAAAGACCCAAUUUUAUUCGUCUCUGAAAACUCAAGCUGCCAGAAGGCAUGGGUCCUCCAGUAUAUUUGGUUUCCAAAUUCACCACAUUCUGCUGAACCUAUUGUAUUGGAAUUGGUCAGCUGCAAAUUCUCCUUUUCUUAAUAGCUAACGGUCAAGUGUUUCUACGCCCGUAUUUUCUUGCUUAUAAGUCGUUGCUAGUUUUGCUGCUUGAUCAUCCUUUCUUUCUCUCUCGAUCUCAUUUCCUUUGCCUACUAAUUUCUGAUUCAUUAUGUACUUUUUUGUAUGCCUUUUCACCUCUCAAUUGGCUGUUCUAGGCUAGCAUUUAUUUUUGCUGGUUUCAUCAAGAUUUCAGCUGCAUUCAGUCAUAUUCCACACAUACCUUCCAUUUUCUUAUGUUUUAGGGACUAGCAAUUGGUUAGUAUAUAUAACUACAUUAUUGCUCUGUAUUUAACUGAAUCAUGUGUUCUAGAAAUUUUUCAUGGUUUUAAGGAAUAAAUCAACUGCUGUACUAAACUCUGUCUUUGCACUCAGAUUUCCUCAUAUUAUUCUUCACCGAAGCUCUCUUCUAUGGUGGGGUCGCAAUGUAUGUUUUACUAAUAGAUCAUGUAAAUCGAAACCAAGAUCCAGCGACUCCUAACACUUAUGGUCAGAUAAAGACCAACUUUGGACUUCGUAUCCUGUCUGUCGCCACAUUGGUUCUCAGCCUUAUAAUACCUCUUGUGACGAUGGGCAUGGUUUGGCCCUGGACUGGACCGGCUGCUUCUGCCACACUUGCGCCAUACCUGGUUGGGCUCGUUGUGCAAUUUGCGUUUGAACAGUAUGCACGUUAUAGGAGGUCGACUGCAUCUGCUAUAAUUCCUGUUGUCUUUCAGGUGGGUAAAUCGACAUUAUUUGAUAAUAAUACUGUUCUAUUCAUGAAAAAUACUUAUAAAUGGAAAGUUUAGUGUUUUAAGGGCAAUCUUUGGGUCCAGAUUGUCGUUCUUAUCUGAUGCUUGGUCCGGAUUGUUAUAAUAUAUUCUCAAUCGGACGCUCAUCCACAAACCACAAGAGGGUUUUUUUCUGAGAGUGAGUCAUAGGUGUAUUGGGAAGCAACCGCCAUCACCAUGGGAGCUUACCACAUUACCACAAGUCCUGGAAAAUUCUUAGCUUAUCAUACUGCCAAAUGCCUAUGAUUCUUAAUGGGUACCAGAACUUUCCGAAAAGAGAAGAGAAAUUUGCUGGGUUGUGAAAUUUCAUUGGCAUCAUUUAUUUCAGCAGGUCUCCAGGAGACUGCCAAGGGGCCAACGCAGGCACCAAUCCCUUUGAGUAAAUCUCUUGCAGGCUUCCUUUCCGUUUAUGCUUUCUACCAAGUAUGGCCCAGAAGAAAGAAAAAAAACCUGACCUUUAGGGAAAACCUCUGCGAUCAGAACAGUGUUCAAGACAAUCUUUUUCAUUCCGAUUUGGUGAUGCAGAUGGGCCGCAUUGGAGAUUAUUAUCGAUUUAAUUAUGCCCACGUGGGUCAAUAUUUCCUGAGAAUUCUAUUUUUUUUGCUGAAAAUGUAGGAAGCUCCUCAUUCUGUGAGCUCUUAAUGGCUUCCUGCAGGUUUAUAGGCUGCACCAACUGAACAGAGCCACCCAGCUGGUGACAGCACUGUCCUUCUCAGUGAGAGGAGUGGAGACGACAGCUCAGACUGUGGCGAUAAACAACUCCCUGGGCACUCUAUUGAAUGUCCUCCAGCUCCUCGGAGUCAUCUGCAUCUGGUCCCUCUCAAGCUUCUUGAUGAGAUUCCUUCCUGCCUCCACAACCGUUCCUGAGCCCUGA